AUGGCAAAAGCGGCCCAAGUGAAGAAAACUGCUGCCACGGUGCUGACCUAUGUGGAGAAGGUAUCCUCUUUCGCCUCAUCCAUCGACCCAAUCUUCGGCAUUGUCGCCUCCCUGGUGGGUGUGGCUCGCAAAGGGCUCGUGGACGAGGAGGGCCACGAGCUGGACAAGGACUUCCAGGCCAUCCAAAGCAAGCUAGAGAGCAUCUCCGAGAAGAAUCGGCAGUGCCUGAAACAGAUCCGAAUCGACGAGGUCAACGAGACCUUCGGCAAGUACGAAGAGUACAUCAAGCACCAGUACGCCGCCUUCAACACCAUGGUGGUGCAGGUGAAGAAGGACCCUGACAACAGGCAACAGUACAUGGAGAACUUUGAGCGGAUCUACGAGCGGGACAAAAUGGACACCGGCCUGGAUGUAUACUACCGCGGCGUGAUGGGUACAGGCUCGCUCUUUGGCAGGCCCUUGCUGAGGGUCUACCUGGAGAACUGUGACGCCAACCCAGAAAUCAUGGAACGCCACUGCUCGCAUGUAGCUCACCUCUUCCACAUGGGUCUCAUCGCCCUCAUGGGCUACACCGCCGUCACAGAGGACGACGAGGAGGAGGUGCGUGAGAAAUGGGCCUCCAGGGUGCUUGACAUUCAGCAGAAGAUGCAGGAGGUGCUUUACGCAUGCAGUGACGCGGAUCCUGACCCGCCAUCCGAUGACAAAAUACCUGGGAACAAAUCCUGA